AUGCAGGAGGAUUGUGUGAUACCCGAACUCUGCUUUCUUGUUUUCGGAGAGUGCAGAUGUGAAUUUGAUCAAUGUUUCUUACAUAAGACUGCUUCACGACCCGACGACGACAAAGAUGCUUGCAUAGAUCAGGAUGACCAAGGUCUGAUGUCUCCACAAAGCUCGACCCGUUUCCUCUCAGAGACCCCGCCGACGUGCCCCAAGGAGAACAUACACCCGGGCAACAUGCAGGCUCACCGCAAGCGGACCUGCGAGCACUUCAAACAAGACAAGGCGGCUCGGUCGGGUAAGAACCCUUGCAGGCAUCUAGAACGAGAGUUCGAAGGACAACAAACAAGUCAGACGGUUGAGCAAGAGCAAGAUCCUGUCCUUCCCAACAUCCAGCCUCCUGUUGGGAGCUCUCCUUGCCAGCUCCCAAUGCCUCAGGCAAUCGCAAAGUUCCAGUCCUGUCCAGACCCAGCGAUUGUUCGUUGGAUCAUCAGACAUUCUAUUAAGUGCGGGAAGGUUUGUUACGAGGCCAGAAUGGAGCAUGUCCUUGCUACACUGACCAAAGAGGGUGUUAAGCUGAGUAUCUUGUCCUGGCUGAAAGAGGAGAUGCCUGCACUGGAGCAGGAGGAUGGCAUCAGGAAUUUAGGGCCUGCGAUGCUCGGCAUGCUCAUCUAUCAUCCCCCCGCUCAUCGCAAGUUGGAAAGGAUGCGUUGGCUCGGAGUGAGGUCGGACGAGCUCCUCUUUACCUGCCUCGCUCGCGCCCUUGGAUGCGCCGUCGAGCUCUGCGUAGUUACCGACUCCUACGAUGCCAACAAAAUCAGCUGGUCUGUCUCGCUGCACUGCCCUCAUUGUGACAGGAUGGAGCAAGUGAGUCACGAGGCCGUGGGGUUGAAGGUUCGUGGUGACUUGCUGGGGGUCAGCUCGUGCGGGAGCGGGUUCUGCCGCUGGGAAAAGAACGGGCCCAAGAACAAGGCCUGGCAGAAUGUCAAGCUGCAACUGGCUGCCGAUGGCGAUGGAGGAGUCAGCAGCUGUCUGGAGUACCGGCUGUGCAACACCUGCUACUCCAAUUACAAGCGUGGCAAGAAGCCUUGUAGUCAGUCAGCACGGCAGCGAAGAGAAGACUCUCUGGACAAGCUGAUCGAGCAGAAAAUCGUCAAGACCAGAGGAGAGAUCAAACGCUGGCCCGGACCAUGUCAAACUACAUCACAGAACUAA